GCUGUGGUAACUAGUGACGACCCUACGGAUGCCGCAGUAAAAUUGGUCGCGCUUGCGCAGUCCCGUUCCUCUUUUUCCUGGAAGGUAAGCGUUGCAUGGCGCGUGCUUCUGUUCACGGGGGGGAAACAUACAACUUUUAGUAGUUUAAUGUCAGUUUAUUUUUGACUGGUCAGAUUCAUUUUAGGUUUUGGUAGUCGAAAGAGAAGUGAAAAGGUCGAAAUGAAGUUUGUUUGCUGAGUGUAGGUGCUCUCAGCGAUAGGGUGUGGGUCCCAUGUUUCACGUUUCUGUAGCCACGGCUCUACUGAAAAAGAGGCAUGAGGCCUUCUGCGCGCUUGUUGGAAGUUGUUAGUCAUGUCUUGCUAGACAUACUAGCCUAGCCGAAUGUUGACAACUCCGCUAGGAAAACUAACCAUGUUGUAAUGUACUUUGACGUGAGACUAUUUGUUAACAAACCAUACAUACAAUUAACUUUCUGAAAAUGACCAUUUGUUGAGACAUUUUAGGUAAUCGCUAGAUAACAUUAGCUAAUUGGCUAGGUAAUACAAUGUGUUUGUAAAUAACUAACACUUGCUAGCAUGUCGUAGCUACAUUUAAUGAAUGUUAUCUUUGUACAAAUACGGGAACGUUAUCUCCAUUGGCAUGGAUUAAAUGCCAAACCUCUAAAAUUAAUAAUUAGUUUUCCACCAACAGCAUGGAAUUGUCAUUCUAGCUAGCUAAGUAACAGUAGUAAGCGAACACUGCUUUCAAUCUAGCCAUCUGGCUAACACGUUAUCGCUUCUAUUUAUAAACCAACGAGUCGUUUAUUAAUUUAACAACUAUUUGGUAUGUAUGUCUUUAUAAUCCGUAAUCGGUGUUAGUGUAUGUAUUGUCCCAAUUUGUUCAUCCAUAGGCAUAGUUAAGGUUAGCUAGUUACGUGUUGUAGCCGGGCCUGGCAGAAUCUUAUUGUUAGCCUUUUUUUUACUAACCUAGCCAAACUUAUUGGCUGAACGGUAUCGCUGGUACUUGUGUUUAUAUCAGUAGUUAGUUGACGUUAGCGCAGAGGAAGCUGUCUAGCCAACAUUGGCUAUAAAUGUUGUCGGGUCAGUUCCGAACGUCCCGGGCCAGGCCUACCCGUUAUUUACCGGGGCACCAUGAUGCGGCAGGUUUAUUGCGCGGCGAACUCCGGUUCUGCCUCCCGAGCGAAGGCGCAGGCCAAACUGGGACACGUGGACAGGGCGUGGGAAUGGUUAACCAGACGAGGUCGGGCCCUGGUCCACUCUUUUCGUCUGAUCUGUGAAAUAAAUCUGUUAGCAGUCGCCGUUAAGGUUGUUUGCAAGCUUUCCACGCGUGCUGGGACGUCCAGCAUGCCCACGUUAUCAUCCUCCACAUCACGUGUGUCAAAUUAAUUCCACGGAGGGUCGAGUGUUUGCGGGUUUUCGCUCCUCCCUUGUACUUGAUUGAUUAAUUAAGGUCACUGAUUAGUAAGGAACUCCCCUCACCUGGUUGUCGAGGUCUUAAUUUAAUGGAAAUCCAGCAGACACUAGGCCCUCCAUGGGAUUAGUUUGACACGCCAGCUCCACAUGUUGGCUAUGACGUAUUCCCCACGAGCAUGGAAGGAUGGUUUUGUAAAGUUUAAUCAGGAAGUCUAUGAUACUUAGGAGGAUGCGAUUUCAAAUGGUCAGAAGCCAAAUGCUCAGUAAUUUCCUGAUUUGAGUAUGGUUACAUUCUCAGAUUAAUAUAAUAGUUUCAUUUCAACUUUAACAUGCGUUGCAAUAACUAAUAAUCCUGUUUACAUGGACAUGUCUGAAAUCAAUCAACUUUGAUAAAUGCAGAAAAUCGGCAAUCAAAAUAAAUGUUCUACCACAGCGGCCAUGUUAUUUAUGGGAACCCUAUUUGAUUCGGAGUUCGGACAUAUAAAGUUUGUAUGUGAACUAUUUCUAAGAUGCAUGCUUCCAGUUUUUCCGAACUCACUUCACUUGCGCAUAACACGUUGAGUAGACCGAAAGUGUCAUUGCAUCAAUGCUUUGUAAUAACUUGUCCAACUUUUCUCAUUAUGUAACCCAACAUUUUUUGUGGAUAUGUGUGCAACAAAAGUACAACAUUCACCUUUUGCUACUAUUUCUGUUUAGUCUACGCAUACAAUUUGAUUGCCUACGUUUUGGAUAAAUCCAAUGUAUGCACCACACAGAACACACUCCACAAAUUUGUUUAAAUCCCCGUUAGUGAGCAUUUCUCCUUUGCCAAGAUAAUCCAUCCACCUGACGUGUGGCAUAUCAAGCAAGAAGCUGAUUAAACAGCAUGAUCAUUAAAGGUGGCCACAGAUGUCUCAAGUUUUGAGGGAGCGUGCAGUUGGCAUGCUGACUGCAGGAAUGUCCACCAGAGCUAUUGCCAGAUAAUUGAAUGUUCAUUUCUCUACCGUAAAAUGCCUCCAACGUCGUUUUUAGAGAAGAAUUUGGCAGUACAUCCAACUGGCCUCACAACCACAGACCACGUGGGAGCGGUUUGCUGAUGUCAAUGUUGUGAACAGAGUGCCCCAUGGUGGCGGUGGGGUUAUGGUAUGGGCAGGCAUAAGCUGCAGGCAACAAACACGAUUUGCAUUUUGUCAAUGGCAAUUUUAAUGCGCAGAAAUACCGUGAUGAGAUCCUGAGGCCCAUUAUUUUUAUAGCUAUCUUUGACCAAGAGAUUCAUAUCUGUAUUUCCAGUCACGUGAAAAGCAUAGAUUAGGACCUAAUGCAUUUAUUUCAAUUGACUGAUUUCCUCAUGAACUGUAACAGUAUACUUCUGGUGUAACAAAAUGUAAUGACGCUGUCAGUCUGAUCGAUGCUGGCACAUGCGCAGAUCAAAUACACUGCUGGAACUCUUGAUUAAGCUGUUUACAUGUCCUAAUAAUUCGGGAGAUUGCUCAGAAAACCAGGUGUUUUAAUCGGCGUAUGCUUACUUAGAUUCUGACCGUACGCCGAUUUAAGAUGAGCAGAGUAAGAUGUUUACAUCACUAUUGCCAUACUCGGCCUACUGCCAUAAUCAGUUUUAAUAUCAAAUUAUUAGUGUAGACACUCAUUGGCUCUUUACACCUUUUAGAACUUGCUGUUCUUGAUCUGAGCAAUGUGUGAGUCAUUUCUCUGGUAUUCUAAGUGUUGUGAUGUCUCAGAAUGUUAAGAGUGGACUGAGUUUUGGGACUAUAUAGUCGAAAGUAAAAAUGUAUUCAGUACAGACCAGUGGCUGUAUUGCCAGUGCGGUAGCUCAAUCGGGGACGUUUUUCCUGAUUUUUAAAUCAGGGUUUCUGGACUUUUCUGAUCAGUAUUCAUACAUCAUUGAAUUCAACUGGCACUGCUGUAGCUGUAAUUGCCUGUUCUAACCUAUGCAUCUUUCCCUCUUCCCAUGCAGUGCCCCAAAUCCAUCGCACCAUGGCAGACACCGAUCUUGACUUCACCACCGGAGAGUCUGGCGCCUCCGCCACCAUUCCUAUGCAGUGCUCUGCCCUGCGAAAGAAUGGUUACGUGGUUCUGAAGGGACGCCCUUGCAAGAUCGUGGAAAUGUCCACCUCCAAGACAGGAAAGCACGGACACGCCAAGGUAGGGGAUUGACUGGACAUGCAUACAAAUACUACACUCUAGGGAUGCCCCUGCUAGAGGGUGGACAUUUACAGCAGUAUUGGGGAAUUCUGGUGAACAGGCAUUGGGUAUACAUGCAUUGUCCACAUCUGUAGUAAUUGACCAAGAAAUGCUUUUUCUGAAUUCACUAAUCAUAACUUUUGACUCAUCAAAUUAGGUUUUACUUAACUUGUUAUGACAAUGCUAUUAGUGGUGUAGUAAAACACUCCUUCCUCUCAUUAGGUUAACAUGGUGGGCAUUGACAUCUUCACCAACAAGAAGUAUGAGGACAUGUGCCCCUCCACCCACAACAUGGACGUGCCCCACAUCAAGAGGAAUGAGUUCCAGGUCAGUCUGAGCUCCCUUCCUGCCCAGUGAAGAUUUUCCUAUGCCACAAGGGUUCUCUUAUCCAACAUGUCCCACAGAUUUAUAAUACCAGUUAACCUCUUGUGUACUAAUUUAAUAAUGACUUGACUAAUUCUAUCAGGACACUACUUUCCAAGAGACUAGAAAAUCCACUUAACACUGCAGUCACUGUCUGGUGUCAAUCCAACCACAGUCUGGGAUAAUAAGGCUAGAAACUCCCAGAAGACUGCCUGUUUAGUUCUGUAGUUGUGCAGGUCACAUGGUUUUUAGCCUGUCAGUUGGUGUGUAUGGGGACUAGUGAGAACUGCUGUCAUCCUUGUCCAGAGAUGCAUUCAGGGAGCUGUACUGCUCUGAGGAAGUAGCUGCUGAGGCAUUGGGAAGUUACUGGCCACAACCCUUUGUUUACCGGUUGGUUACAUUACCUGGGGGGUAGACCUGUCACAAAGCAGGAUCAAAUACGUUGACGUGUUUGGUAGGACUUCGAGCCAAUUUAUGCUUGGUCCAAUAAUGUGGUCAGAGGCUCAGUAUGGCGGGUGUGGUGCAAUUCCGGUCCUCCGGAGGCAUGCAUAGACCAAAUCGAGCACCGUACCUCAUCGCCGUGCGCCUCCCACAUGUUUUAACAAUGCGGAGGGCUCCGUAGAGCUCUGCAUUGACAUGAUUGGUUGACGGUAGGGUAGGGGGGGGGGGGGGGGGGGUCCUGUAUAAACACAAACACGCUCUGCUCAACAGCUCUGCGCUGCUCCACGAAGCGCAAGAAGUAUGAAUGCCCUGACUUCUGCAGAGGCCGUAUCACCUGAAAUGCUACGUAAUGCAGAUGUCGGAUUGACCAUGCAGCGCCUUUAAGGCGUGGUCAAUUGGGUGCCUCAUAGUGCUUCUCACUCAUUCUCUGUACUUCAUUUAAACACAUUUGAUCACAUAUUAAAGUGAAACUGACAGCAUUUUAGCUAAAUUAAAUAUUUUUAAAAAUUGGUUCACGUAAACCCCCAGGAAGAAUGACACUUAAUCUGACAAGAUUUGUUUUAACACUUUUUUGGUUACUACAUUAUUCCAUAUGUGUUAUUUCAUAGUUUUGAUGUCUUCACUAUUAUUCUACAAUGUAAAUAAAAUUAAGACAAACUCUUGAAUGAGUAGGUGUCUGAACUUUUGACUGGUACUGUAUGCUAACUGGAUAACAGUUGUUCAAGUUCUUGCUAGCUAAUCAAAUGAUACCUGUAUAUCUAGCUGUGUAUAGCCACCGAAAAACAAUGAGGGGGAAAAGUCAGUUACUCACCCACUCCAAUGAUAUCCUCCUACCAGCUAGCUAACGUUAGGCUCUGUGUUUUUAGCUUGCUACAUAAAUAGAUAUGCUAGCCUAUUAGCCACGUUAUGACUGACUUGUGAUCUUUGCACUUGCUAGUUUUAUUGUAUUGACAUUCCCAGCCUUAGUUACAUUCAUCCGUUUUUGUCCAAAUUAUUGAGUCAUGGAAACUGACAGUGCAUCCUGAAUGGCGGCAGCAAACAAUGUACCAGGCCAGCUGUGAUUUACAACCUGAUAGCAAUAUUUUUUUGGACUACCAAGAAAUGUGUUGGUGAAUUAUAUUAAUCAUGCAUUGAACUGCAUCCAUCUAUUCUGCCAACAAUGCCUUAGUGUACAUCAUGGAAUGUUGAGUGAAAUAUAAUCUAUUUUUAAAACCUCAAAGUUGGUUUUGUAGCAUAAACUGGGAAUGUAAUAUUUGACUGAUUUAUGAUUGUCUGUUUGUCUCAUAUCUGCAAAGUAGUUAAAACGCUGUCAGUUCCACUUUAAAUGUAACUGUAAAUUGUAUAUUUGCUCACACUGGUUGGCAUUGGAGCCUUCCCCUGUGUUAAUGCACUCUUUCUAAUGCAAGACGAUCACCCAGCACUGCGCCCAAUACCCGUGGUGUGAGUGUGAAUGGUUCUUGCUACAGAGAUCUCCUUGGAGAUGGCCGUUACACCACAGUGACCAGAUCACACACCUGAUGUGAUGGCUAACAAAACAAAUGAACACACACACUUUCUAACAUGCUCAUCUCUCACAUCAUCGCCUGAUUAAUUUUUUUGCAUAUUGCUUUCUGAUCUGCACAGGGUGUCUAAAAUAAAGACUACCUGGAAUGUGCCUUCAUGUGUCCGACUGUGGAUGUAACACAUGUUUUGUGUUUCCAGCUGUUGAACAUCACUGAUGGGUUCAUGUCCCUCAUGGGUGACAAUGGAGACGUGAGGGAGGACCUGCGUGUGCCUGAUUCAGACCUGGGCAAGGAGAUAGAGCAGAAGUUUGCCGCCUCGGAGGAUAUCCUGGUGAGUCUGGAACUGGGUGUGUGCGCGUUUUGGGUGGUGUGUGAAGCUUGACGGGUUUGUUGGUCUUAGCCUUAACCAAUCAUAUCUCUGUCUGCAGGUCUCUGUGCUGUCUGCUAUGGGGGAGGAGUGUGCUGUGGCCAUUAAGCAGAUGACCGGUGGCAAAUAGAAAGACAGGACUGGCCUGCCCAGGCAACAAACUCCACCCACAACCAGUCUCUAACAUUCUUAUUGGUUCUUCUGUCACCAAAGCGACGGCCUUCAGACCACCUCAAUCAUUCUGUUGUGAUUACUCCUUUGUUUUUUCCCCUCUCGUUUUUUGGUUUCUCUCUCCUGACGCUGUCGGGCUGUCCCACCGUUACCACGGCACGCUCGCUGUGUUGGGUGGCAUUCUGCCGGAUCACUGAGGUUUUGUUUAGUUAUACAUAAUCUACUAUAUAAAGAAAAGUACUUAUUGGUGAAAUAUAGAUUCUUUUUUUGACUUCUUCCUCAUUCCUGUUUAUUUUUGCCUUCGAGAUGUUUUGGUCUUGCCACAUACAUUCCUGAAUGUUUAAAAUAAUGAUGGGAUCCAGCUUUUUGUAUGAUCAUUUUUUUAUAUUCCUUAUAAUUGAGCUCGUCUGACGCCUUUUUAGAGGGAGGGGGGAGCUGUUUGAAUGGUGGGAGGAGGGGGCUUGUGGCCCCUUUUACUGACAUUGAACUCCGUUAGGGUUGUCCCUCUCUGGCUGCCAUAUUGCUGCUUCCCAGCAUGGCCUCUCUGCUCUGGCUGAUCAGACAACUCUGACGCUUUUCUCCCAAACCGUGGGAAUGCCGGUGGCUAGCACUUAACAAGCAGUCUUAACAGUCCCACCCCAGCAUUUCAAAACACUUCGAUAUGAAGAAAAAGAGAACAUUAGAGAAAAGAUGCUAAAUAUGGAACCAAACUUCAGUGAUUUCUCUUGUCAAUGCCGCUCUGUCUGUUUAGAAAGCCGGAGGGCCCUGUGCGCUUGCCUCGGUCACCAUGGCAACCUGGCCCCGCCUUGGGCAUCUCAUAAUAGUCGGAAAGAGUGAGGCGUUGGUGUGGCAGCGUGGAAUGUUCUGGAAGGCAUUUUGCAGUGAGGUGUGUGUGUGUGUGUGAGGGGCUGGGGCGGGGGGAGGGGGGGGGCGGGUGGAGUUACAAACUUAUUUUGUUCACUCGAGGCCUUUGUCACCUGACUGGAGAUGGCAAAAAAUAAUAAAGUUAAAACAAAUAGAAAAUAGCUUUCUUGGUUGUGGUGGUGGUUCUGUGUUUGUCUUCACACUAGAAUGUUUCACUGUCCAAUCAAUGCCUGAUUCUUUUGACGUAAAAUAAUGACAGGAAUGGAUGGGUUUCAGCUUUGGUUGUGAACUCUACACUGUCCAAGUUGCCUGGGACCAUAGGGUAUGCUACUCUGUACAUUCAUACUCGCAUAGUAUAUCAGUUUGAUCCAUGGCAACUGGCACAUCUGUAACAUGGCUUCAGCUCCUUCUGCACUGGUCUGAAAAUGGGUCAGAUGAAAGCAGAAUGGUGGAAGUCUGGAAAGGAGAGGAAGCCGCUGCACUCAAUCAGUGCUUGACUCCUAGCCUGAAGCGCAGUUUGCUACAGCAGUCUUGAAGCACUUGUACAGCCUGGGUUUGAAUCCUGUUUUUCACAAGUUGUCUUAUAGGAUUACAUGCAUAGAAAUGGAAUGAAUAGAACGGACAAAUCAUUGACUUGAAUGGGGACUGCCGUUCUAUUCAUUAAGUUCUAUGCAUCCUAUCCAGAUAACGUUUGAAAAAACUGGGCCCUGAUACCCAGUGAAGGACACGUACUCCACUGCUUCCUGUCCUUCUAGUCUUUGGCCCAGUGCCCAGACCGGGAGUACACGGCAAGUUACAACUGAGGCAAUGCAAUGCACUGCAGAUAUCACCAGUGUUCAGGGCUCAGCUGAGGUUCAAUGACUGAGUGAAACUGGCUGGGUUUGAGCCAAGAUGAAGCCCUGUCCCUGCAGGGGCCUAUAUGGCUUUGGGAGCCACACCCUGCCUGAACGCUCGACACUGCAGUGUGACGACUCCUUCAUUCUCUUCACACAACAAUCCAUAUCUCAUACACAACUUAUCUGCAUGCUUGAGUGGGAUCAUCAAGGCUCUCAGAAACCAGGACCGCGAGUCAGAUCAGUCUUAACACUAAACUAGUACGUACACUCACCGGCAAGUUCAUGAAAAUAGAUCACUCCAGUGAGUCGCGUGGCUUGCUAUAUAAAGCAGGC